AGAAUUGCUAAAUUAUAUGAAUCGAACAGUGUCUUUGGGUGAAAGUAAUACUUGUAUACUUAUUAGACCAUUUGGCUAUGGAAAAACUACGUUAGUUAAAAAAGCUAUCGAUUUGCACGUUAUUAAAUUGGUUACAACUCGGGCAACUAAAGGAUU